AAGAUUUGUAGAGCAGAGGGGGAGCUCCAAUCUGUAAUUCGUAAUUCCCCCACUUAGCUCCCGUGCCACUGUUUGUACUAACCAACAUCCGUGUAGAAAAAGUGGCGCGAGGAUUUUUUCCUCGCGAGGAAAUACAAUCCUCGCCAAUUUCGCCCAAGAAUUUCCGAGUCCUCGAAUCCUCGGCGAGGCGAGGCGAGGAUUCCUCGCCAAGGAUUUUUUGGGAAAACCAUUCCUCAAAUCGCGGAAUUCCGAGGCGAGGAAUUCCUCGCCUCGUUGCUCAUGUCUACUCACAAGUCAUUGCACGCCAUGCAUGCAUGCACACACUAACAAGGAUGACAAGCCGAGUGCAAGCCAUACGGUUGCACCAACAUUGGCAGCAUGAAGUGGUGGCGGAAUUGUGUGUCAUCGUUUUGCCAGAGCUUUUUUUUGCAUCUCACUUUGCUGGGUUCUUUGAUCCCAUACCGCUUACCGAUGAUGUUGAGAAAAGCUUCUGAAUUUUUCCUAGAGGCUCUCAUCAUUGUUUCUCAUUUCUUGGAUAGCUUCUGGUCCUCCUCUGUGUCAGUGCUGCCAUGCCCUUCCCCCCAACUCCCCAACACCCUGUGCCAUUCCAAUCAUUGUGUGCCUUCGUCUUUGCUGCAUCUUUCAAGCACCAUAUCGGCUGUCGACUGGAACGGGGAGUUGCCUGUGGCGUUUGGCACCCUCACCUCCCUCACUUACUUGGACUUACACUUCCUGUUGUCUAGCCAAUUCCCCCGAUGGGUGAUGGACUUGACAUCUUUACGCUACCUCGAUGUGGCUCAUCGCUCUGUCUACCGCAGUGGAGUGGUGCCGCAGGACCUCUCCCGCCUCACUCAAUUGCAGCACUUUGACGCCACGGGCAAUGGAUUGGUCGGCGUGCUGCCUGAAUACUGGACCUCUCUGAACCACCUCACCUUUCUGUCAUUUUUAAAUAACAAGAUUGAAGGCUCCAUCCCGUCAACAUUCUCCGCCCUCACCACAUUGUCCACACUGAUAUUGAAGGGCAACAGAAUGGAAGGCACCAUCCCACCCGUCUUCUCCACUUCACUCAGCAGCCUUAAUCUCCAAGGAAAUCGCUUUUUGGGCUCCAUGCCUGCUUUUCUUGGUUCUCUUCCUGGCCUCACAACCCUGGAACUUGUUGGCAACAACUUCACAGGGGCGAUUCCCAAGACUUUCACAAAGCUCAGCGGUGUUUCCUGGUUGUCGCUUUCCACCAACCAGUUAACAUCAGGGCUUGAUGUGAUCACCGAGAUGACUUGGCUUAGUUUUGUUGAUGCUGGUUUCAACAACUUCUCUGAAAGCUUUCCUGAUCUGUCAACCUUACCUUCACUCAUGGGGCUGUUCAUCCGAGGAAACAACAUCAAAGGGACUUUCCCUAGUGUCUUGUUGAAGCUCACCAACCUCGCAGACUUGGAUUUGGGGCAGAAUGGAUUCCAUGGGUCCAUCCCUGAAGACAUAUCCGAGCUCUCAAGCUUAAGCAUGCUAUAUCUGGACGGCAAUAACUUCGACGAAGAAAUUCCUUCGGCGCUCUUCACCCUUCCGUAUAUUUCAUAUCUAGACUUGAACAACAACCGUUUGAAUGGACGCCUGCCAAGCAGUUUAUCAAGUACUUCCCUUGGCGGUCUAAACCUUGAAGGAAAUAACCUAUCAGGGUCCCUGCCUGAUUUUUCAAACUGGAACGCUUCUUUAUAUUACCUAUCGUUGCGCAAGAACCAGCUUUCAGGAACCAUCCCUACAGCUCUGGUCACGUUAAACAGCCUUGCCAUCCUAGACCUCGCCUCCAACAGCAUCUCAGGGCCCUUGCCCUCUUCCCUUGGCGCGCUCUCCAACCUUAUCGGAUUGUCUGUGUAUGACAACCAGCUCACGGGCAAGCUCCCUUCUUCCAUAUGCGAUCUCACCCAGCUAAUAAUCAUGUAUAUCCGCAACAACUACUUCUAUGGGGAAUUUCCUUCGUGUCUUUACGAGCAUUGCCUGCACAGGAUUGACAUCAGCAACAACAGCUUCUACGGGCCCAUCAACAGCAACUUCCACGGCAUGAUUCCCAACGAUGGCGCUCUGCUCAACAUCGCAGGCAACUACUUCUACGGUGACCCCAUGCUCUAUGCCGAUGGCUGCCAGUUCUGCCCCUCGGGAAGCAUCGAGCCCGAUGCCCUUGACAUUGUCGAGGUCGGGAUGGAUAGGAUGGGGCGUUGUGGCGAACGUCCUUUCCAAGCUCUCCCAGGGGCCAACAAGCAGGGCUCCGCAAGUCUGCGUUUGAACUGCUUCACGUUGAGCGCGCAGCUGGAGUGCACGGCGAAUGAGACGCAGCGCAGCAACGACGCGUGUCUGGCAUUCUGCAGCAUGUCGCGGGAGCUGGGACCGUGCGACGGGCACGGAGCGUGUGUGCCACCGCAGGCGGGGGCAGCAGGGGCUGGGUUCACGUGUGAGUGUGACCACGGAUACGUCACUGCCAAUGGCUCUCUCGGCUCCACCUGCGCCCGCCCUUCUCCGCCCCCCCAGCAGAGCUGUCCGCUCUCCACAGGCGCAGUGGUGGGCAUCUCUGUGGGCUCUGCUGCCGCCUUUGCUCUCCUCCUCGCUCUCAUUGUGGCGCUGCUCUGGCCCAAGCAACGCAGGAGGUGGAGCAGCCUGGACGUGUGUCGGGAGUUCAGCAUUGGGGAGAUUCUGCGGGCAACGGACAACUGGGCGAGCGGCAAUGUGGUGGGGAAGGGCGGCUUUGCCACGGUGUACAAGGGGGUGUCCAGCACGGGCGAGCUGUGGGCCGUCAAGCGCAGCAAACUCAUGUCCAACGACUUCCAGACCGAGGUGCGGGCGAUGGCGUCGCUGCGGCAUGAGAAUGUGGUGCGGCUGUUGGGCUUCUGCCUGCAUCAGAACAUGGAGAGCGGCCAGCAGGAGCAGAUCCUCGUGUACGAGUUCGUGGGCAACGGGGACCUCAAGUAUCACAUCCACCACUCCAAGACCCCCCUGUCCCUGCAGCAGCGGGUGCAGCUGGCGGUGGGCGCAGCGGAGGGAGUGGCCUAUUUGCACAGCUUCGCGACGCCCAUCGUGCACCGCGACCUCAAGCCCAGCAACAUCCUCGUGGGGGAGCACUUCCAGGCCAAGAUUGCCGACUUCGGGCUGCUCAAGCUGCUCAGCCAUGCAGAGGGCGGCGAUGACCGCACUCGAGUGGCCGGCACCCCAGGCUACUUGGACCCCGACUACAACCGAACCCACGUGGUCUCAGAAAAGAGCGAUGUUUACAGCUUUGGCGUGGUUCUGCUUGAGCUGCUGACAAGGCAGAAGGCGGCAGUGGAGGGCACUGACAGCCAUAUCAGCAACUGGGCCGCUAAGAAGGUGCAGGGGUACGAGCUGGGCGCGCUGAAGGACGCUAGUCUGGAGGCGCCGGACGAGGCGGUGGUGGAGCUGGCAGACAUCGCUCUCGACUGCCUCAAGAUGCCCGCCUCCCGCCGCCCCCACAUGAAGGACGUCGCGCGCCGCCUGCACCACCUCCUCCACCACUGCACCGCCAAUGGCCACUCAUCCCUGGUCGAACCCAGCCUGCGCUUGGAGGGGAGGCACAUGGGUGGCGAGGGCAGCAGCACGGACACAUUUGGGAGGAGCGAGUGGUCCGAGGGAACUAGUGGAGUGUCGUCUGCUUCCAAGAGCCUCAUGCAUUCGCUGUCAGAGAAGUGGCGGAUGAUUGAGUAGGAGAUAGGAAAUUACUAGCUAUUCACGCCCGAGGCUCAAGCGUGCACUAGCACUACUGCACAAAUCAUUGUACCAGCGCUUCAGUUGAGAGAACAUGCCUCUGGUUUUUAUCAGAGGACUUAGCCGAAUACAGGGAGAACAGAAAGAAAUCUGGGAUAUACCCCCUAUUGAAAGUCCAUCAGGGUGGUGGUAGAAUUGCAGAAAGACUAGAAAUGACGGAUAAAGAGGAACAUAUGGUUGGGUGACAGGCCUCUGGAUAGGAUUUGGAGUAGUCUUUCAUGUAAGGGUAUGAACCCUCGACCACUUUUUCUGUA